AUGUUGUCGGAGAAACAUGACCACAACACAAUUUUGUACUGGCUAUCUGAAUGGUUGAGUAAAAUUCCUUCCCCAAAAAUAAUUACAACAGACCUGUCUUUGGCAUUAAUGAUGGCAGUAACGAAAUCAUUUACGCAAUACGCAUAUUUUACAAAAUAUAUAAGUGUUUGCUCUUCGUUGGUUUUAAAUGAACCUGGAGUAGAAAUUCCAUCGGCCAUGAUACGAAAUGAUUUCAAUCAUAUCAUGCACUUGUGA